GGAAGCAUGAGGCUGUCCAGGCUCCUCUGCGCCUUCCUGCUGGCUGCUUGCUGCUGCUGUCGCCACGCCGCGGGUGUGCCUGGAGAGGCAGAGCAGCCUGAGCCUGAGCUGGUGGAGGUGGAAGUGGGCAGCACAGCCCUACUCAAGUGUGGUCCCCCCCAUUCCCAGGGCAACUUCAGCCAUGUCGUGGACUGGUUUUCUGUCCACAAGGAGAAGCCAACACUCAUCUUCCGCGUGCACCAGGGCCAGGGGCAGAGCGAACCUGGGGAGUACCAGCACCGGCUCAGCCUCCAGGACAAAGGGACUACUCUGGCCCUGACACAUGUCACCCCCCAUGAUGAGCGCAUCUUCCUGUGCCAGGGCAAGCGCCCUCGGCUGAGCCAGGAACACCGCUUCCAGCUCCGUGUCUAUAAAGCUCCAGAGGAGCCAAGCAUCCAGGCCAAUGCCUUGGGCAUUUCUGUGAACAGUCAGGAGCCAGAGGAGGUUGCUACUUGUGUGGGGAGAAAUGGGUACCCCAUCCCUCAAGUCAUCUGGUACAAGAAUAGAAGGCCUCUGAAGGAGGAGAAGAACCGGGUCCACAUUCAGUCAUCCCAGACUGUGGAGUCUAGUGGUCUGUAUACCGUGCGGAGUGUCCUGAAGGCACAGCUGCUUAAGGAGGACAAAGAUGCCCGGUUUUACUGUGAGCUUAACUAUCGGCUGCCCAGUGGGAACCACAUGAAGGAAUCGGGGGAAGUCUCUGUCCCCGUUUUCUACCCAGCAGAGAAAGUGUGGUUGGAAGUGGAGCCCAUGGGGAUGCUGAAGGAAGGGGACCGUGUGGAAAUCAGGUGUUUGGCUGAUGGCAACCCCCAACCCCACUUCAGCAUCAGCAAGCAGAACCUCAGCACCAGGGAGGUGGUGGAGGAGACAACCAAUGACAAUGGGGUUCUGGUCUUGGAGUCUGCCCACAAGGAGCACAGUGGGCUCUACGAAUGUCAGGGCCUGGAUUUGGAAACCAUGGCAUCGCUGUUGAGUGGCCAACAGGAGCUCCUGGUGAACUAUGUAUCUGAUGUCAGGGUGAACCCCGCAGCCCCUGAAAGCCAAGAGGGAAGCAACCUCACCCUGACUUGUGAGGCAGAGAGUAACCAGGCUCUUGAGUUCCAGUGGCUGAGAGAAAAGACAGGCAAGGUGCUGGAAAAGGGGUCUGUGCUUCAAUUACACAACCUGAACCGGGAGGCAGGGGGAGGCUACCGCUGCAUGGCGUUCGUGCCCACCGUGCCUGGCCUGAACUCUACACAGCUGGUCAACGUGACCAUCUUGGGGCCACCAUGGGUGGCAUUAAAGGAGAGGAAGCUGCAGGUGCAGGAGAACACGAUGUUGAAUCUGUCUUGUGAAGCCUCGGGACAUCCUCGGCCUACCAUCUCCUGGAGUGUUGGUGGCAUGACAAAUGAACAAGACCAAGAUCCACAGAGGGUCCUGAGCAUCCUAAGUGUCCUUGUGACUCCAGAGCUGUUGGAGACGGGUGCUGAAUGCGUGGCUUCCAACUCCCUGGGCAAAAACAGCACCAUCAUUUUCCUGGAGCUGGACCUCCCUCCCAAUCCAUUAACUGCUCUCACACCAGAUUCCAACGGAACCACUGGUCUCAUCACCUCCACUGUCAGUCCUUAUGCCAAAGCCAACAUCACCUCCACAGAGAAAAAGCUGCCAGAGCCCAAAAGCAAGGGUGUGGUCAUCGUGGCUGUGACUGUGUGCCUCCUGGUCCUGGCUGUGCUGGGUGCUGUCCUCUAUUUCUUCUACAAGAAGGGCAAGCUGCCUUGUGGGCGGUCAGGCAAACAAGAGAUAACGCUGCCCCCAUCUCGUAAGAACGAAUUUGUAGUUGAAGUUAAGUCAGAUAAGCGCCCAGAAGAGAUGGGCCUCCUACAGGGCAGCAACGGUGACAAGAGGGCUCCAGGAGACCAGGGAGAGAAAUACAUCGAUCUGAGGCACUAGCUGCUGAAUCAUACUGAACUCUUUUUGCCUGGACACGUCCUGCUCCCUGCUCACUCCUGUCCCCAGCACUCAGGAUGGUCACCAAAGCCUCUAAAAUGGACAACAGAGAAGACCCCUACUCCAGUCUACCUGCGGACCACAUUUCAGAGGGUCAAAGGGCUAGAACCAGAGCCAUCCUGAGGACUUCAGAUGGCCCCAGCAACCCCCUCCUGAGGGACCACUCUGCCACUGUCUCAAUUUGUUGUGAUGCUCACCCCAAGCAGGUGCCUCAAUAUUCCGGGAGUGGACAGGAGAGUUUCUUGCAAAACAUGUUUUCUCUUUACACAUACUAUGGAUGUAAAUACCCUUCUAUCAACAGCUACUGAAUUAGCCUAUUUAUCUUGAGGUGAUUCCCUGCCCCGAAGUUGGCUUCAAAAUUCAGUCAUAUCACUGCUGUGAGGAUGCACUGAGAGCCCAGGCCCCUUCUCCGCUGGUGAAGUGUGUUGUGCACACUAGUUCUGGACAGUACCCUAGCAGAAUCUGGAAGUAGUUACCUGUCUGCCUCUGGAGUCCCUUUUGUGACACUCCUUUCUCUGGGCAGAAGGCCGGAACUGGUAUCAUUCCUUCAAACACUUGCUGGUCAUAUCUCAUUGUCCCUGCAGUGAGGAAACUGCUCUGUUUUCCAGAGUUAAGGCCAUUGAGUACAAGCCCCUAUAUUCAUUUGGCUCUCAUAAUUAUAUGACUGAAAGGUGAGAGUAGGGGACAGAGAUGAGGUCCACAUGGUCCUUGAAGGGGAUUAAGGUCAUAUACUAGCACCAAACUUCUAGAAACUGAGCUAAUGGACCUAGACCACAAAAGAAGGGCCCUAAUGGGAGGAUGGUACUUCAGGGAUAAGAAACAGGGACUUGGCUAGAGCUUAGGGUAUAUACAUGUAUUUGUGUGUUGGUGUGGUUUGUUGUGUGUAAAUUUGCAAAUGGUUUCCUUUACACACACACACACACACACACACACAC